UGCUGCGGCAUCCAGCCAUCUCUCUUCCUCCUUCUCCUCUUCCUCCUCUCUCCAUCUCGUCGGUAUCUGCUCUCUCCUCCUCCCGUCUCUCCCUCAGUCUGCGUGCUGUGGUCCUGCUGUGAGCCGCGAUCAGCGCUCUGCCAACCGGAGGAGGAGCUAAAAACAGGCACGCGCACUCUCAGACAUCCCACAUCAUCAUCACCAUCACCACCACCAUCAUCAUCAUCAUCCUCUGCUGCACGCUCACUGUAAGCACCAGCCAGGCCUGUUCAGAGCAGGGGAGCCCAGCCGAUCCGUCGCCCACAAUGGAUGUACUGAUGAAAGGGUUCUCCAUGGCCAAGGAGGGGGUGGUGGCCGCUGCAGAGAAGACCAAAGCAGGGAUGGAGGAGGCAGCAGCCAAGACUAAAGAAGGGGUGAUGUAUGUAGGAAGCAAGACAAAGGAAGGAGUUGUGUCAUCAGUAAACACAGUGGCCAACAGGACCGUGGACCAGGCCAACAUCGUGGGAGACACGGCGGUCGCCGGAGCCAACGAGGCGUCACAGGCGACCAUCGAGGGCGUGGAGAACGUGGCUGCGUCAACCGGGAUGGUCAGUCAGGAGGAGCCCAUAUAUGAGGGAGAGUAUGGAGGAAUGGAGCAAGGAGGGGAAGGAGGAGAGGGGUACUAGUCUCCUUCCGGACCCUCCAGCUGCCCCUCGCCUUCCUCGCCUUCCUCGCGUCGCCGUACCAGACUCCAGAUGUUCAGCAUAUUUUUUUGUGACUUUUCGGAACCAAAAUCAGAACAGACUCUUCCAGACGCCGCCCCUCGGCUUUCCCCUCACCGUCUAACCGCCCUGCAGCCCGUAGCGCCCCCUCUGCUUCCCCGGCCUCACCUGUGUGUUCGUGUAGGUGACCCCCUCCGCCCUCGUGUCGUUGCCACCCGACUGAGAAAUUUCAAGAAUCACCCAAACACAAAAAGACACACCUCAAGAAGGUGCCAGCAUGAGACAUGCACAUACAGAACAUACCAUAAAAACCAGCAGACCACACACAGGGCAAACAAGUAGCUGUAGGAGAUUACAACAGAGAAACCUGUCUUAAUAGAAGAAAACGAAGUCAUUGUGAAACCGAAGGAGCUGCAUGAGAGGUUGUGCGUGUGCUGCAGGCCGUGUGUCCGUGUUCAAGCUUGUGUGCAUGUGUGUUCAGCAGGGAUCCACGCAUUAAAGAACUGUGCUUCAGUUUGUGGCAGUAGGAUGCAUGAGCUGACGUUCCCCGUGGUGUUUUCUCUCUCUAUAGGGCGGCUGUUAUGUGUUGCAAAACGCCGGCUUUGUGCGUAUGUGUUCGCUUCAGCAUUUAGAAACAGGGUUAGCGCAGUAGAAGUGAUGAGCAACGUGACGUUAUGCAUGAGCGUUUUCAGAUGUCUGUACACGCCGUGAUGUGUUUGUGUCCGCAAAGUCGAGGUAGGAAGAAAGAGCGUUCAACAAUCGGUUAUUGUUCGUUCGGUUGGGUUUGGGUGAGGAGUCCCUACAACAGCUGGACAAUCUCUGUCUCACCAUUAAUGUGAACAUGAAAACCAGCAAGUGUCAAACGAUUACCGCCUGAACGCUGUAACUAUUUUACAGUUUUCACUUCUCUCUGGAAGCAGUUUCACAAACCAGAACCACCUAAAUAUUGAACCAAAUGGAGGUUCAGGUCCGCAAGUCGUGUUGUUGUUCUGACUGCAACGUAAAGACAAUAAAAGCUGCUUCCAAUGAACUAAAGAAGUCUUUAGGAUGAGAGGUAAGACAUUCUUUAAAAAAACGAGAAGUCCAGUUGCCUUUAGAUUCAACACUUACAAAUUUGCACCAACGAGAAACAAUUGGAUUUAAAAUAAUUUUUUUUCCAAAAUAAUUUAAAUUCUUUGCAUCAAAAGUUGAAUUGUUACUGUCCUCUUCUUUACUUUCACCAAGAGGAAGUAAAAACAGAAACUAUCACUGAACCAGGGUGUAGCACAAAUCUGCCCUUAACGUUUCUGCAAAAUAUAAUUAUUUAAAAGCUAAUACGCAACAACAAAAGUUAUAUUAUUGGCAUGAUGACUGGAUUUUGAGUGUUAAUUUAAUCACCUUUACAGACAAAUACAAUUUUUGACAGGAUAUUUUUGUGUCGGUGUUAAAAUCACUUUGGCAGAGGAAGGACAAAAUGCUCACUUCUAGACAUAGAUUUGCUUAUUUCAACAGAAAAUACUUUAUGGAAAAUGCUACAAAUGAAAGAAAAAGAGGAAUAUUCAGAUUUUCCCUCGUGUGUGAGUUGAGCUUUGGGAAACCAGUUUGCAUGGAGUCAUGGAAAACAUCCAGCUGAGUUUCUGUGUUCAUCUAAACCAGUGAGUCCAGUUUGAUGAAAAGGAAAGGAAUAAAUGUUUAAGUUUUGUUUUUAGCUAAGCUCUGUGUGGUUAUCUACGCUGAAUGUGUUCCCUCUCUGCUGUCUAGGCCAGUCGGAUAGAUCCCCCCCGCUGAGUGUCACACCAUCAGUCAUCGCUUUAAGAGUGUGUGUGUGUUCAACUAGAGGAGGUUCAGCCAGAAGAGUGUGUGCAUUUCUUUUUUUUUUUUUUACUUUUUCUUUGAGGUCAACUGAAACAGACUGCAUGUUGCCUUACAGAACAACGACACACCCAUAAAAACGCACACAGACACUUCAGAGAAAAAGAAACGCAAACCUCAACACAGCACACAACUAACCUGAGUCACGCACUGUGUUUAAGUUGGCAUCACAUCAAAAUCGCUGAUUUUAUAAACCGUAAAUGUGAAAAUAAAAAAGGUUUUGUUGAAAUCCAACAA